CACCAUAGACGAGCGACUUCUGGGGGUUUUGCGCUCGUCUAGCCUGUAAAGCUCCCCGCUCAUCUUCUCACCUCCAAAUUAGUGACGUAUCGUUCCGACCAUAGUCGGGUCGCUCAGAACUCUCUUCUAGGUCGCUUAUCAAAGAUGUCGAAUACCACGGCCCGGGUUGCCGCUCCGAAAUCGUAUCCAGAUACCGCCAGCAACCCUCCUGUACCUCAAUCUCCGAAGCAGGAUGCUCCGAUCAUGGGAGAUGAUUCUCACCAGAGCGCAGAUUCUUUGCAAGAACCGCCCGCGGACCUCCUGGAGAAGCAAGACGGCUUCCUGGCCUACCUAACGACGAAAGAAUUUUAUAUUACCCUACUUCUUGGGCAGGUUCUGGCCAUCGCCAACACCGCGUGUAGCACAUUCAGCACCCUUCUAGUCCGCGAGGGAACUUCAAUCCCGGCUUUCCAGACCUUCUUCAACUAUUUGUUGCUCAAUAUUAUCUUCACGUCGUAUACUAUAUACCGUUAUGGCAUCAGGGGCUGGGCUCAGAUGGUGCUGAACCAUGGUUGGAAAUACAUCUUCCUGUCCUUCUGCGACGUGGAAGGCAAUUACUUCAUUGUGCUGGCGUACCGUUAUACAACCAUGCUGAGCGCCCAGUUGAUCAACUUCUGGGCCAUUGCGGUUGUCGUCAUCGUGUCCUUCACAUUUUUGCGGGUGCGCUAUCAUAGCACCCAGGUGCUCGGUAUCCUGAUCUGCAUUAGCGGAAUGGGGGUCUUGAUCGCCUCGGAUCAUAUCACCGGUGCCGAUGAUGGGAACUAUUCCAGUGGGGACCAGAUCAAAGGAGACUUCUUCGCGCUCCUAGGCGCGACCUUUUACGGCCUGGCCAACACCGGCGAGGAAUUUUUCGUCAGCACUGCCCCUGUGUACGAAGUCCUAGGCCAAAUGGCCAUGUACGGCAUGGUUAUCAACGGCAUCCAGGCGGGUAUCUUCGACCGCAGCUCGUUCCAGACUGCGACGUGGAAUAGCCAGGUUGGCGUCUACCUGACGGGAUAUACACUCUGCCUUGCCUUUUUCUAUUGCAUGGUACCGCUACUGUUUCGGCUGUCGUCGGCUGCAUUUUUCAACAUCUCGAUGCUGACCAUGAACUUCUGGGGCGUGCUCAUUGGCGUUGGGGUCUUCCAUUACACGAUCCACUGGAUGUAUCCGAUCGCCUUCAUGCUUAUUAUCAUCGGUCAGCUCAUCUACUACCUGGGACGGCGUGUGCUGGGAGAUGCGCGCAAGCCCUGGCUAGGGCGGAACCAGGAACGCGGCGUGUCAGGAUUGUUUACGGCACGGAGAAAGCUCGAGACCACCGCUGGCCGGGGUCGCAGUGACUCCGUAUCAACGACUUAUUCCGAGCAUGACCCCAUGCUACCGCAUGCCAGUGCAGCUUAGGGAUGCUGGCGUCCUAUCAGCGAAUUUCUAUACAGUUUAGACAGACUACUAGAGACAAUGCCACGAGUUCAUGAUC